AUGUCUUCGUUCAUUUCCGAUCUGUCGGAAAAAUUACUUUUACAAGAUGAUAAUGAAGCAAAUAAUACAGCUUUAAAUCAUUUUCAACAAUCAACUCAACCAUAUAAUGAUUUAUUUGAAUAUAUUUUAAUAUUAUCGGAAUCAAAUCAUAACAAUACAAAUCUAAUUCAUUGUCUUAUACAAUCGUUUCUUCAAUGGAAAAAUCAAUCGAAUAAAAAAUUUCCGAUACCUAAAUUCGAUGAAAAACUUCUAAAUAAUUUAAUUUUAAAUAAUUUAUCAAUUAAUUUCUUAAAAGACAUCUGUGACAUAUUUCAAAUUUCAAAAAAUGAUUUAAUGUUUUUAUUACGAAUUUUAUUACGUGAACCAAUUAAUUCGAUUCUAUACAAACGUGCAUUAAAUAUUAUUAUAAAAUUUCAUUAUCAAUUAGAAUUUUCUCCUGAAGAAAUUUUAUUACCAUUGAUACUUAAUACCAAAGAUCAUUUAAUACAUUUAUAUAUUGAUAAAAACCCAGAAUUAGAAGAUUAUGUCUUAGAUUUAUUGAAUUAUUUAUAUAUAAAUGAUGGAAAAAGACUUCGAGAUAUUGUAUUAAAUGAAUUUAAUAUGAGAAAUUAUCAAAAUAUAAAUAAAAAAGCUUUAGGAAAAUUAGCUGUUCGAUAUUGGAAUUUAUUUGGACAUGAACAAAGUGAUAAAUAUCCGAAUUUAGCGAAUUUACAACAUAAAAGAACAUUAAAUUAUUUAAUUAAUAUGAAAUAUAAUGGUAUUAAUGAUGAAAAAACAAUAAGCGAUGAUGCUUGGAAUGAAUUAGUUCAAGAAAUUGUUCAAGGAAAUGAAGAAUUAUCUAUAUUUUUAAUUGAAUCGCUUGUUGAUCGAGAUGAUAGUAUAGCUGUUAGAUAUUGGCUUACUCAGUUAAAUGUACCUUAUAAUGCCUUAUCACACUGGGUACGAAAAUAUAUCCAAACGAAACAAAAUGAUCGAUCAACAACAGUACCAUAUGCACAAAAUUCUACUAGAAAGUUGCCUAUUGAAUAUUACAAAAUACCAUCCAAAGAUGUACAAAUAGUUUUUAUUGAUGCAAUGCCUACAUAUCAACGUUUACUUGAUCGAUUAUUUAAAGUUGAUAAUGAAGAUCAAGAAUUAUUUAUUGGAUUCGAUUGUGAAUGGAAACCAAUGUUUGACAAUUCACCAUCAUCCCAACAACGAAUUAGUAUAAUGCAAAUCGCAUUUUCAAAUGAAAUAUUUUUACUUGAUAUGCUGUAUUUUUUUUCAACCUGUGAUAAUCAAACUAUUCAACAACGUUUAGCAAAUCGAUUAUUUGAUGAUGAUCAUGUGACGAUACUUUGUUAUGGUUUUAAAGCAGAUGCUUCUAUGCUUAUUUCUUCUUUUCCAAUAUUUGAUCGAGUGCUUUCAUCUGGAAAAACUUUAUUAGAUAUGUCUCUUGUACAAUCGGAUCUAAUGCUUAGUCAACGAGAUAUAUUUCCAUAUAAUAUAACAAAUAAUAAUACACCAUCGAAAGAAAAAGGUCUUAGUGAAUUGGUUCGUUUAUGUUUUGGUAAAGGAUUAAAUAAAUCUGAACAAUGUUCUAAUUGGAAUAAACGACCAUUAAGAACUGCACAAAUACAAUACGCAGCUCUGGAUGCGUAUUGUUUACUGGAUAUUUACAGUUUUCUUCGAACUCGUCUACAAUCAUCUGAUUAUCUUCAAUCAUUUCGUGGAAGAAAACCGAAAAAAUCUGAUCAACAUCCGUCAUUAAACGAUGUUAACUCAAUAAAUGAAAUAAAAUAA